AUGUCUGGAACGGCGGGCGAACGGUCCAUAGUUAACCGAACGCAGCCUAACAGAGACACGUGUAUAUUAACUCAUAAUGGUAUGGUUACGUGUAUUGAAACCCCAUAUGGCCACAUUUCUAAACCAUUGUUGCCACCACCCCUACCGCAACUUCGAUCCGUGAAACUUUCACCGAAGGUCUUUAUUCCGAACUUUCAACUGUCUCCGAUUAGCAUCACUCCUAUGCAGAACGACAUGCAGGAUCUUUACAACGAGUUAUGGGGCAAGCCGUUACCCAUUAUUCAAGAGUUCACGGUGCAGGUUCCCCUGGCGAACUAUGGUAUUCACCCAGGAUAUAAGGUCACCAUGAGAUCGUCGGAGAUGGGAACCUUUGCACCACCACAAUUUGAAUCCAAGAAGCAGGAGCAAGUGUUCAGAAUAGUGGAGACCCGAGCAAAUCUCCCAUGCGGGGUGCGGAAGUUGCUGGUUCGGCCUGAGUAUGAUAAAGUGCGCCACCGGCUUAUCCGAGCAGAGGCGGCUAGAUGGCAGGGAGUUGACCAUAGUAGUGGAAACCCGGCGGCACGUCGGAAGUUAGACUAUGGAAUUUCCGGUCAGCCCGGCACAGGUGUGGUCUCCUGGUUAGAGUCGUUUUGAGAGUCUUCUAACUCAGAAAUAGGCAAAACAUUUCUCCUAUCAUAUCUCCUAGUGCGCAGACUGCGUAAAUGUCAGCCCACAGUGUAUCGGGCGGAUGACAAAUCAUGCUUCCCCUUUGAUGGAGAUUCUCCCGGAACGAAAUUAGUAUUAAGACACUAUCUCGCCUCUCACCAGCUAAGAAGCGUGGGCUCUGGGUUUUGACUCAUGAGACCCUACAAAACUCCCGAUGGCUUCUUUCGACCUCCGGGUGGUUUGUUGUGCUCGCCGCUUCCCCGCAGGAGGUGAAAGCAUCCAGGAAGUGGGAAAAGGAGCGUAGGGUCGCCUUAUAUUUCAUGUGUCCUCGGGAAUGGCCGGAAAUCUUUGCCGCCUACUGGUACUAAUCCUUCCUUUAUACUCUGGCGCAAAAUAAGUUAUAGUGAAUAGCUCGGUCGGGGAUGUGCAUUGCUAGCGCCGGCUGAGUAGUGCACUAUGACUUAUUUUGCGCCGGAGUAGAGCGAAACAGGGUUAAUAACUAACGAGACUGUUAAUAGCUUAGAGCUUGAGGAGCCCCCUGUCCAAGAUCAAAUCAACAAACUACAGUCGCACCCCGUUGUCCCGGACCUCGCUCUCCCGGAUUCUUCGCUGUCCCGGAUGAAUUUCUAUGAAUUUAUAAAUUUCUUUACACCAAAACCGAACCUGUUGUCCCGGCUGUCCCGGACGGAUUCUUAGGAUUUUGGCCAUCCGGGACAACGGGGUGCGACUGUAUUCACGACUUUCUCAUGCUUGGACCCUGUACCGAGAACAUGCUUGGAGUCGAUCGAUGUGACAAGUGAUGAGUCGUAUAACGAAAGCCUCGAAAUCUACCUUAGUCAGGUAGAUCGAGAAAUAGAUGGAUUCAUAGCCCAUGGAGGGCGUGAAACGAUUGAGCAUAUGGUGCACCAGGAAGCGUCACACCGAAUAGCGAUCAUGCAUCCUACCAGGACUGGCUUGUCGUAUACUGCGCGAAUAAUAACACGAUGGAUGGCAUACAGGCUCUAUGACAAGGCCCUAAAACGCUCACAGCACGAUUGUUUCCUGCUCUUCAAACACCUUUCCUGCCAACCAACCCUGAGAAGCGCCGCGGGCUGGUUCUUCGAAGGAUAUGUUCAUGACUGGUUUCUUCAAGGAGGCACCUUUGAUGCUGAUGAAAUACCAAUCAUUGACAGCAUGGCCCCCCCAUUGGAAUUCAAUACUACCAAGGCCAAAUCUGGCGCGCCAAAUUAUUUCACCACUCCUGGCAACUUGGCUGAUCAGGUUAGGGAAAUCGGAGGUCGUGGAAUCAACCCAGCUGUUGUCCAAAGAUAUUUUCUCCCACAUAGCCAGAAUUAUCCAUCCGUGGAUGGGCUCAUAUUCAGGGAUGUGAAAACCUUACUGUUGUUGCAAAUCACGCUUGCCCAACAGCAUGAGAUAAAAUCACCUGGAGUUGCAAAGCUUCUGAAGGCUUUGCCGAAAACGAUCAAGAACGUCUACUUUGUUUUCGUUGUUCCUGAAGACCGUGCUGAAGACUAUUCCAAAGCCCAACCGGUUCCGGGCUCAGGGACCAUCAACCCCACAGGGGAAAUUUUGCAUUUAAGGCAGUUUAGGCUCGUAUUCCGGGAA